CGAUUCUCCUAACAUUAUUCUACUAUAUGUGUUCACAAACAACACAAUAAGUUAUUGUCAAUAAUUAAUCUUAUGUCCAAACAAUAUAAAGCAUUAGGUCCAGUCUUUUUAAUAACUUUUUAUUUAUCUUUUUUCAAUUAUUUGUUUUAAAACCACUCAAAUAAUUUAUACGAAGUUAAAAAUAACUAUAACUAUUUUUGCUGGUUUAGAUACUACAAAAAAAGCAUUUAAUAUGAGAUUAAUUAAAUUAAUAAGUUAUUUUGUUUGUAUUUCAGAAAAAAAAAUUGAAUUUAUUUAAACUUAAUAAAUACUCCCUCUAUUCCUAAUUAGAUGAUGUUUUAAGAAGGGAAUUUUGUUUCAAAUUAGAUGAAGUUUUGAGACUUUUAAGGUAAUAAAAACUAAUAAAAUAUUCCUACUAAUUAAUUUUUUAAAUUAAUUAAUCUUUUUUCCAAUAUUUAUGUACACUUCACGAUGAAGUCAACAAUAGUUUAAUUACCUUCUUUAAUCAUUGUAGUUUAAUUACAUUCUUUAAUCCAAUAUUACACAAAAAAAGUGGAAACAAUUCGGUACUAAGAGUUUUAAUCAAGAAUAGAAAAAGAAUACCUGGAACCCAUGAAAUCUCUUCAUCACCAUCGCUGAAGAUUUCUUCUCUGGGUGGAGAUGCAUUUAAAUCAAACAAAACUCCUCUUUCAUCAUUUUUGAGCUUACAAAUUCAAAUCAAAAUUGGUAUUGUUCUGAAACUAGUGUAAGUAAAAAACGGUCUCAAAUUUUUUUUCAGUUUGGCUCCAUUAUGUUUCUUUGAAAUUUAACUUCAUGCAUGUAAAAUUUAGUUCCAAAUUAAAAAGAUACUAAAAGAUGCCGUGUCACUGUUUGUGUUCACACUAUGAGUAGCAUUACUUUUAUAUGUCUAAUCAAAUGUUUUGAAUAUAAAUAAUAUUUUUCUUAAUCUUUGUGUUUUGUAUUAAAACAUCAUCUAAUGAGGAACAGAGAGAGUAUUAGAUUGUUAUUCGAAAAUUAUUUUUCUUCAUAAGAACAUAUUAUUAUAUAUGCUAAAUUAUGCUUGGUUUAAGUUAACAUUAAAUAGCUUUAUAUUAAAUAAAUUUUAGAACCAAUAAAUUAACAUCAAAUAAGUUUUAUAAUUAACAUUUUAUCAAAUAAGUAUAUAUCACAAAUUUAAUUCGACAAACUAAAUAUGUUUUAUUAAAACCUCGUAAUGAUACAUAUUGAAGUAAUUAAAAACAAAAUUAAUUAAUAUUUUAGAUAAUUUUCCUCUUUAAUAAAAUAAUUUAUUAUGUAUGUUUAAAUACACUAAAAUAAAAAUGUUAAAACAUUACCUAUAUAAUAAAGUUAAAAUAUAUUGAUAUUAUAAAUUAGAUUUUUUUUAAAGAUAUUUUCGCGCAUUUAAUCGUGGGUUAUAGUCUAGUAUCUCUUAAAGCAAAACAAUUAAAUGCUGAAUUUUAUGAAGUUUCAACAUAAAGUGAUUAAUGAACAAACUUCUUAUCAAUUAAUUAUGAUUCAUCAAAGCACCAUGUUCAUUGCCCUAUAAAAUCAUCUCUCGUUCAUUGAUACCACUCAAACAUCUACCAAUAUCAAAAGCAAAAGAAAAUAUGGCAAAGUCUCUUCACAUUGCAAUGUUUGUAUCUAUAGUAAUGUUCUUCACGUCAAAUUCAAUUUCUUCCGAGGAAAUUGAUCAAUAUUCACAAGAGGCACCAGGAGAUGUGAAGAUAUCUCCCACAUCGGAUUUUGAUAUUUACGUCGAAUAUCCUGAUGAAUCUUCAUUUAAAGAAGCCGAUUCACCCGCACUGGAAGCUGAGGCGAAGUUUGAACAUCAUUACGCGGACAAACAGUUCCGUUUUCUUAAGGUUUGCGCUCAAAAACUGACCUCAUCACACUGUGGAGAUGUUCUUUUCAAGAACAUGGUAAGUGAGGGAACGCCAGUAUUGUUAGCUGAAUGUUGUGCUGAGCUACUAAAGAUUGGAAAAGAUUGUUAUCUAGGAACAGCACAAGUCAUUUUAUCGACUUACGAGUAUAGAAAUAUUGCGUCUAAGGCUAUUCCGAAAAGCAAACAGACAUGGAAUGAUUGUGUUCGUCUAACUGAGAAUUGAAACUCAGAUGGGCAGUUUGAUCUUUAUUGAGGAACUAAACUAAUUGAUAUUCCAUUGUGCUGAUGUUUUAUAUAUGCGAUUAUGUAACUCACGCGUUAUGACAGUUACCAUUUAUACUUUUAAAGCAGAAUCCUUCUUAGAAUUAUGCCCCUGAUUUUUCUAAUUAAUUACAAAAAUUUCCAUUAAUUUUUCCAAUUGUUUUUAAUGGUUUUCAGAAAUUAAAAGCCCAACAUUACUUCUGUCCAACUAAACAAAACAACCCAAUAAUUUAAAAACUUAAAGUCAAAGAAGCCCAACAGUGUUUU